ACAAGCUUAUUGAAGCGUCAUGUUGUAGUCAGGGUUACUAUAAACACGCUAUGGUUGGGCAUCUACGGCAGUGUUCACCUCCUUGGAAGAUCUUUAAAAGUAUAAGCCUAUAUCGCAGAGAAAAAAAAAUUUAGGCUCUGUAUAAUAAAUUACAAAAAAAAAAACAGUGUUACGCCGACAGCAUUGUGUUUGGAGUUGGCAAAACGAGUCCUAUGAUCUUGGAAGUUCAAUUGCUCUGAUGUAAUAUAAGCAUAGUCACAGGUAGAGAUGAGUGAUAACUGGAGUGUUAAACAGCGACUUCGAGAAAAUGUAAUCGAGUCCGUCCUGAAUGGAGAUAGAUCAAACGUUGAAAAAUACUUAAAUGAAGGAGCCGAUGUCGAUGAGAGUCAGGGCGGAUACAUGACAAAGAAAACUCUGCUCAUGCUAGCUAUCGAAAACAAUCAUGAAGAGAUUGCCCGGAUGUUGAUCUCCAGGGGCGCAGAUCUCACUUGCUCUGUCACUGUCGACAAAACGGAGAAAACAGCAGUGGAACUUGCGAACGAAAAAGAACUCAAUUCAUUAGCGCAACUCAUCGAGCAGACAGUGUCUGCUAAUAAAGAGCUUUUAGCAGCGGCAAAGGUUGAUAAUGUUCAAGACGCCGAGGCAGCAAUAACCAAAGGUGCAAAUAUAAAUGGAAAAUACACGGAUCCGGACCAAUCUGAUAUGCCGAAUGCCAGUGCUCUUAUGCUGACUAUCUGCUUUAAGUCGAUAAACGUUGCUAAAUUACUCAUUGAGAAAGGAGCUGACGUCACUUACGCGAUUCAGUGUGAAGACAAGUCCGGGGGUGAUACAAUACAUACAACAGCUCGGACAUUAUCUGUCAAUAUGGAUCUAAACGAAGUUACACAGCUCAUUGACGCUUCAUUAACGAAAUCAAAGCAGGAAAAUGAAACAUCAGAUACUCAAAACAGUGUAGAUAAUACAAAGGAAAACAAAGAAAGUGAGACCCCAAAGGAACCAUGUCAAACGGAGGGUGAUCUUGUUGAUUUUGAUGACAGCGACUGGCAGAACACCAAUGAGUCAAAGAAUAAAAGGGUACAGAAGAGUGGAUCUGUUUGUAUUAUUAUAUGAAACGUGUAUUCAGUGUUGUAUCUAUAGCGAGUAUUGACAUGGUGGGAUGAUGGGGAGAAGCGGACAAGGGAAGAAGAGGUCAGGGGGUGGGGAUGAGGGGGAAGAUGGUUUAGUGAGAUGGGAAAUACCUAAAUAGGAAUUGGAUGAUUAUACAAGGUGAUUUGCUCAGUAAAAAUUUCGAGUGGGAGAAUCUAAAUUGUGUGCACCCCACCCAUCUUUAUGGUACGCCACUGUAUCUUAUGAUCUGGCAGUAAAGUAAUCUACCUAAUCUUUUAAUAAUCAUUAUUGUUUAUCUUCCAUAUUUAAUCUUCCAUAACCAGGUAUUUAAAAUCAGGCUUAAACAAGAACCACUGAAUGAUGGUUCAAUAAAGCUUUAGACUUCGCUUCAAACAGAUUAAUUUUGCUUCAAAUUUCUCUUCUUAGCCUAUAUAACCAUCUGUAACAUGCGUUUUCCAUGUUGAUAUUUUACAUUAUUAUUAUAUUUUGUAAGACGAAAGUUCGAGGUGUUCCACUUUAUCCUAUACUUCCAAAGCCUAAAUUAAGUAUCGUCUGUUUGUUUCAAUAUAUUUAUGUUGUUAUCUAGACAUAUAUUGUAAAUUUUGAUAUGAAAAUAUGAAUAUUUAUUAAAUUGUUUUUGUUGUGUUCAUA